UCGGGUUCAGUUCAGGGGAAAAACACGGGUCUGCUUUUGAUGCUGUUCCUUUAACCGCCAGACACCAACAGGUAGAAAAAUGGCAGAACCCAGCAAGCAGGACAUUUCUGCUAUUUUCAAGCGACUUCGUUCCAUCCCUACGAAUAAGGUUUGCUUUGACUGCGCAGCUAAGAACCCCAGCUGGGCCAGCAUCACCUAUGGGGUUUUUCUCUGUAUAGAUUGCUCUGGGACUCACAGGUCUCUGGGAGUGCACCUUUCAUUUAUUAGGUCCACCGAGCUGGAUUUUAAUUGGUCGUGGUUCCAGCUAAGAUGUAUGCAAGUUGGAGGCAACGCCAGCGCAAUUGCAUUUUUCAGUCAACAUGGCUGCACAGCCAAUGCUGCCAAUGCCAAGUACAACUGCCGGGCUGCACAGCUGUACAGAGAGAAGAUAAAGACUUUGGCCACACAAGCAACCAGACGCCAUGGCACUGAGCUGUGGCUGGACAGUCAGGCUCCUCUGUCUCCAACAUCCCCAGGCGACAAGCAGGUGGAUUUCUUCAGUCUGCAUACACAGGCUGUUCCUGAAAAUCUGAACAUGGCCAAAAUGAGUCUGAGCCCCUCCGCAUCAGAGAAGCUUUCAGAGCCAGAAAAAGAUGAAGACCGUAAUGGUAACUCAGAGGAGGGUCCCAAUGUGGAGAUGCUCAGUGUUUCACCAAAAGCAAACCCAGAGCCCUCUUCUCUUCUUAAGAAGAAGCCAGCAGGUGCCAAGAAAACACUGGCCUCAAAGAAGGGCGGUCUGGGCGCUCAGAAGGUUAGCAGCCAGAGCUUCUCGGAGCUCGAGAAGAAGGCGCAGGCUGCUGACAAAAUCAGAGAGAAAGAAGAGAGCUUUGCUGGUGCCAAGAAGAACGUUACAACUGAGGAGUCCAUUGCUCCAUCCAUGCGGCUGGCCUACAAAGAUUUUGAGCAGCAGAGGAAAAUCGAAGAGCAGAAGCUGAAAGGACUAGAGGGGAAAAAGAAGGAACAAGCUGAGAGACUGGGCAUGGGUCUGGGCAUGAGGAGUGGAGUUUCUCACUCUGUGAUGUUAGACAUGCACACCAUCCAGCAGGACAAUCCAAUUGGAGCAAAGACCACCAAAGGACGGCGAUUUAUUGAUGAAGAUGACGAUGAAGGGUCCUUCAGCUCUAGGGUUCUGACUCGCUUUGAGGACCAAAGUGACACCUCAGACAGUUUCUCUUCACGGUGGGGCGAUAGAGAUGAUGGAAGAGGCUGGAUGAAAGAGAGCAGGAAACCAGAGUCAGACUUGUUCUUGUCCUCCACUAUAACUUCAUUUGAUGACAGAAAACUGUCUUUUUCACAUGGGUGUGGCUUCUCCACGAGUCCCCUUUGUCUCUCUGUCUGCUUGACUUUUUGCCUUGUGUCCACAGCGAGUUCGUACCGUCUGAGCAACGUACUCCCCAGCGCUCCCGACAUGUCGCAGCUCAAACAUGGAGUGCGCUCAGUUGCAGGAAAACUUUCAGUCAUGGCCAGCGGCGUAGUUAGCUCGAUUCAGGAUCACUACAGUUCCUAAGUGAACAUGUCAGAUUCACCGUCCAUAGGUAUCUUCUGUUUGCCAGUUAGAUGACAUUUCUAGUGGGUGCUCAUCGUGGGAGAGUUGGGAGGAAAAUAUAAAUCAAUUCUAUGAGCAAGUCUGCAGAAUGUACUUGUAUAUUGUAUAUCUAUAUCUAGUUUUUUAUUAGAUGAUGUAUAUACAUAGUCGUAGUCUUUGGGAUCAAAUCAAGAUGAGCAGAGCACAAUAUUUUUCGGUGGAAUUAUUUUCCCCCUGCAAACAUCUUGAAGGAAGAUAUUUGUGUAUAUACAGCUAUGAAGAAUAUUCAGCCUGCAUUAUGUUAAGUUUGCUUUGAGCUUCGGGGUUUUACAUAUAUAGAAAUGCUGUAUGUAGCAGUCUGAGGAGCUAGGAGGGCUUUCCGUUUGAUUCCUUUACCUCUGUAAGUACUUAAUUCAGUAACUCUCUCUCACUCAUCACGUGCACUUUGUAAUGUUGUUUUUGUGUUUUUUGUUUUUUUGUGCCCCUUCAUGCAGGGUUGAAAGUGUCCUUUCUGUUCCCAAAGUGCACUUACAUUUGCUCUUCCAAAGGCAGGACCAAAAGCUGAUUUAAAACUGAGGCCUUGGGGCAACAGAUAUACUUUUAGUAAGUGUACUGUAAGUUAUGUAAACUGAUGCGUCACUAGCACAUAAGUGUCAUUAUCCUGUGAGUCGCAAUUUGUUGUUGUUGUUGUUGUUUUUUUGGAAGUCAUGCAGAAAUGCUUAUAAAAAAGAAAUGUGAUAUGCCAAAGUUUUAAGGAGUAAAAAAACAAUUAUUAUAAGAUAUAAAUAUUUCUUUAAAACAACAAAUGAGCUUCGUAAAAGCUCCAGUUGCAUAGAAUUAGAUGCUAUGAAGAAUUCAGUCAUCAUUUUAAGAAGUAAUUUUUGUUAGAUUAUUGUUUUUUUAAUGUUCUUGAAAUAAAUGCCUAAUCAUCUUGGUAAAUCUCUAAAUUGUACACUUAAUACGGCUCUUGGAUCGCCUCUAUAAGACUUGAAGGAUUUCUUGAUGUGCUGAGACUUUUUAUGUAGCUUUCAGGCCUCGUUUCCACUUUAAAAGAACAAUGUGAAUGAUCCCUUUACAACCAUCAGUUAUUUUUUUCUGUUACUUUAACUGCCAUCAGAAAAGGUGUUAACUUUAUAUAUGCUAUUGUUUCUAAACACAGUAGAACUACAGGCAGUGCUUGAGUUAGAUUUGAUAUCUGUUCAGAGUAAAGCUUGUGCUUUUGCCUUUUUUCUGUCCUUUAUCAUUGUGCAAAGUCAAAGGGACUAAUUAAAGCCCGGACUCCGUCAUAAUAGUGCAGACUAAUUUCUGAGAAGCUGGAACAUCCCAGGAGUUUGACAUGUUCAAAUAUGAAACACUAAAGAGGUUCUUAAAUGAUCAAAUAUAUUUUUGUUUUUUGGGGUUUUGUUUUUUGUUUUUUAAUUCCCAUCAGUAAAUGCCUUAGUCAGGAGAUCUUUGAUUUACACAUCUUCUUGUUGGCUCAAUCUAGGUAUCUUUUGCACAUGUGUUGGAAAUUGUGUGUGGCAGCUUUUGCUUGGUCUAGUUUUUGCCCCUAAGUCAGCAUAUAUGUCCUGUAAGAUUGUGUCUCUGCCGUUCUAUAUUGUUACAUGUAGGAACUUGUAUAAGCUGCAUGGCCCUUGUAGCCCUCAAAAUAAAUAUGUCAACACAUCCUGAA